AUGCCCAACAUGCUUUCAAGACUUGGAGAGUAUGAGGAACAAUUGAAUGAUGAAGAUGAAGAGCAGAGCAUCGACAUCAAUGCUUCCCCAAAACAGAGCAUGGAUACACCAAGCCCUAGAGACCCUCGUUUCUCACCAAGAAGUCAAGCUCCUGCACUUCCAAGAUUGGAAGCAAUGCAAAGACCAUCACCACCUACUGAAGAAGAAGAUACUUGGCAGUAUGAUCCUAUUGAUCCCAACAAGAUAAGCCCCAUGAAGCUUAAGGAAUUCAAUGCUAAGGUGAAAUCACUUCCAUUCUAUGUCACUUUUGAAGAAGCUUGGGAUAAGCAUGGUCUAGUGGAGUUCUUUUUCACAACUAGUGAAAACAAAGAAGAGAUACACCAAAUCUUCAGGAAGGCUCGAUUUCCCCUUGCCCCUCAUGGAGUCAAUCAACCACCAUCACCACCAUCAUCACCACCGCCCAAGUGGUAUGUCAAUUCCAUAUCAAGAGAGAAGCUUGCUGAGUUCAAUCAGUUUGUCCAAACUCUUCCAGCCAGCAUGUCUUUCAAAGAAGCUUGGCGCCACUACCCAUUCACCCCUUUCUUCCACAACUGCAAGGAGACACCUGAGACAUAA